AUGACCUUUGCACCAUUUUUUGGUGUAAACCACCAUGAGCAGUCGAUUCUUUUGGGAGCUGGGUUGAUUUCCAGUGAAGGCACGGAGACCUUUACAUGGCUAUUUCAAACCUGGUUGCAGUGUAUGGAUGGUAUAGCUCCAAAGGCUAUUAUUAUUGAUCAAAACAGAGCAAUGAAAAAUGCAAUUGCUAUUGUCUUUCCAGAAACUCGACAUAGAUUAUGCCUGUGGCAUAUACUGAAGAAAGUCUCUGAGAAGCUUGAGUCGUAUGCUGCCUACAGAAGUGGGCUGAAAACUCAACUGAUGAAAUGUGUGUACGACACACAAACAAUUGAGGAGUUUGAGAAAUGUUGGGUUGGGUUCAUUAACACAUACGACUUACAAGAAAAUGCGUGGUUGAAAAGUUUAUAUGCGGAGCAUGAGCAUUGGGUACCGACAAACUUGAAGGAGUUUGUAAACCAGUUUGACAGUGCGCUGAGGAAGAAAAUUGAGAAUGAAAAUCAUGCAGAAUUCUAG